ACUACCUGGAAUGUGCCUUCGUGUGUCCGACUGUAGAUGUAACAUGGUGCUUGUGUUUCCAGCUGUUGAACAUCACUGAUGGGUUCAUGUCCCUCAUGGGUGACAAUGGAGAUGUGAGGGAGGACCUGCGCGUGCCUGAUUCAGACCUGGGCAAGGAGAUCGAGCAGAAGUUUGCCGCUUCAGAGGAUAUCCACCAAUCAUAUCUGUCUGCAGGUCUCUGUGCUGUCUGCUAUGGGGGAGGAGUGUGCUGUGGCCAUUAAGCAGAUGACCGGUGGCAAAUAGAAAGACAGGACUGACCUGCCCAGGCAACAAACUCCACCCACAACCAGUCUCUAGUAUUCUUAUUGGUUCUUCUGUCACCAAAGCGACGGCCUUCACAGACAACCUCAAUCAUUCUGUUGUGAUUACUCCUUUGUUUUUCCCCUCUCGUUUUUUGGUUUCUCUCUCUCCGACGCUGUCGGACUGUCCCAGCGUUACUGCGGCACGCUCGCUGUGUUGGCUGGCAUUCUGCCGGAUCACUGAGGUUUUGUUUAGUUCUACAUAAUCUACUAUAUAAAGUAAAGUACUUAUUGGUGAAAUAUAGAUUCUUUUUUUGACUUCUUCCUCAUUCCUGUUUAUUUUUGCCUUCGAGAUGUUUGUCUUGCCACAUACAUUCCUGAAUGUUUAAAAUAAUGAUGGGAUCCAGCUUUUUUAUGAUAAUUUUUUUAUAUUCCUUAUAAUUGAGCUCGUCUGAUGCCUUUUUAGAGGGAGGGGGGAGCUGUUUGAAUGGUGGGAGGGGGGGCUUGGGGCCCCUUUUACUGACAUUGAACUACGUUAGGGUUGUCCCUCUGGCUGCCAUACUGCUGCUUCCCAGCAUGGCCUCUCUGCUCUGGCUGAUCAGACAACUCCGAUGCUUUUCUCCCAAACCGUGGGAACGCUGGUGGCUAGCACUUAACAAGCAGUCUUAACAAUACCACUCCAGCAUUUCAAAACACUUCGAUAUGAAGAAAGAACAUUAGAGAAAAGAUGCUAAAUAUGGAACCAAACUUCAGUGAUUUCUCUUGUCAAUGCCGCUCUGUCUGUUUAGAAAGCCGGAGGGCCCAGUGCGCUUGCCUAUCACCAUGGCAACCUAGCCCCGCCCUGGGCAUCCCAUAAUAGUCGGAAAGAGUGAGGCGUUGGUGUGGCGGCGUAGAAUGUUCUGGAAGGCAUUUUGCAGUGAGGUGUGUGAGGGGCUCGAUCGGGGGGGGUGGAGUUGCAAACUUAUUUUGUUCACUCGAGGCCUUUGUCACCUGACUGGAGAUGGCAAAAAAUAAUAAAGUUAAAACAAAUAGAAAAACA